GCAGGCGCUGCUGCUGCAGUCCGUCAAUAAACGAUUGAAUCUGCUGCCUGGUAUCUCUUGCAGUUCUUUUAAGAAAAGAACAAUUGAAUAAGAAACAGGAUCCAAUAAAUAAUUAUGGCAAUUUGGAGUGCACUGCGCGCGCUCGCAGCUCGUUCUUCAGUGAAUGCUGGUGUAACAACAGUUGCAAAGAGAGCAAUGAGCGGUCACGACAGAACCUUUGCGAUAGAGCCGAGUAGGUGGCAAUGGAACAGGUUUAAGGAUUAUUUUCAUUAUUAUUGUAUGUUGGGCCUCAUCCCAGUUGGUGCUGUCAUCACCCUUACCAAUGUUUUUGUUGGACCUGCUACUCUUUCUGAAAUACCUGAGGGAUAUACUCCAAAGUAUUGGGAAUAUUACAGGCACCCAAUAUCACGUUGGAUCGCCAGGUACAUUCUGAAGAAUCCGCAAGAAGAUUAUGAAAAAUACCUGCACAUGAUUUUUGAGGAGCAAGAGAGACGUUUGAUUAGGAAGCUGGAGGUGGAAAUUAAGGAGAAGAUGAAGGAGAGGCAGGAUUACCAGGCCUACUACUACAGACCAAUUACAGCAAAGUAUCACCGCGCCACGAGGGACACUGCCGAAUAUUUGGACACUGUUCGCGGUGAAUAAGUCGUUGCAUUGUAGUUAAUUUCAAAUAAUGUUGAUAGAAUUGUAUUCACAAUAUAUAAAUAAAUUAAAAUAAAGAAAGCAAUAA